UUUUCUCUGAUGACAUGACGAUGAUGUUGUGGAAGUUGAUGAGACGGGGAUAGAUGGGCCAUGGCCUGAAAACAAUGAGGUUUCGAAAGGCAACCGAUCAACAACAAUAUUACCCAAAACUAGUUCGCAAACUAUGAUAAGCGAACUUCAAACUAGGACUGGUUUUGACUCAUGCUAGUGGAGCGGGUUGGAAUCCAACUUUAGGAACUAUUACACUAGAAGAUGAUGCAUGGAAAAGCCUUUCUAAGAUUCAAAAAGAAAGGUUGCCCCCACUAUCAGAAGUUGAUUAAAAUCUUUGGGGAUACAACAACAACUGGAAAACAUGCUCAUCCCUCAACCAAACCUUCCUCAGAUUCAGCAACUGGAAAACAUGCGUUGUCUUCUAUGAUUCAAGUGUUUUCUGAGACAUCAAAGAAGAGGAAUGAAAUACUUGAGAAAAGAUUUGUUGGCUCUUCUAAAUCGCAUGGUAAUGAUGAGGUUCAAUCAACUGUAAGGGAUGCUGCGAAAAAAGAAUUGAUGGAAUGUUUGGAAAUUUUGAAUAACAUGGAGGAUAUUGAUGGUGAAAGUGUUACUUGGAGAAGCAUGUUUUUGCGUAUGCCUGAUAGGAGAAAGAAAGAGUUUAUCUAUAGCCUUUGAUUUGGAUGUUAUUUUGUGCUUGCUUUGUUAUUAGUAACAUAUUACAAAAAUGCUAU